UAUAGCAGUUUCAAAGCAAGUUAGAAAGAAAGAAAAGAAAGAAAGAAAGAUAUCUAAGCAAAGAUGGAGACGAAGGGACAUGGAUUAUAUGAAAGAGCAAAGCCAUUCAUUGCAGUCGUUUUCUUGCAGUUUGGAUUCUCAGGAAUGGAUAUUCUCUGCAAGGCUGCAUUGAACGAGGGCGUUAGCAAUUAUGUACUCGUCGUCUAUCGCCAUGCCGUUGCCACCAUUGUCAUGACUCCUUUUGCUGUGUUUCUGGAUAAAAAAGUAAGGCCGAAGAUGACGCUUCAAAUCUUCAUCAAGCUAAUGGUGCUCAGCUUGCUGGAGCCAGUUAUUGACCAAAACUUUUAUUUCAUUGGGUUGAGGUAUACAACAGCAACGUUUGCAGCUGCUAUGUGCAAUAUUCUUCCUGCCAUUACUUUUAUAAUGGCUUGGGUUCUCAGACUUGAGAAAGUAAAAUGUAAGAGCAUUAGGAGCCAAGCAAAGAUUAUAGGAACAGCAGCAACAGUUGGAGGAGCCAUGAUUAUGACAUUGAUGAAAGGUCCACUUUUGGAGCUGUUUUGGACAAAAGCAGUUUCAACUACCCACCAACACCAAUCCGCCGGGGGGACUAGUCUUUCUCAUUCCAUUAAAGGUGCCCUCAUGAUCACGAUUGGCUGCUUUAGCUGGGCCUGUUUCAUGGUUCUUCAGGCAAUUACACUAAAAACAUACCCAGCUGAGCUCUCUUUAACAGCUUGGGUAUGCCUUUUGGGAACAUUGGAGGGAACUGCUGUGGCUCUUGUUAUGGAGAGAGGAAAUCAAGCUGCUUGGGCUGUAAAGUGGGAUAUGAAAUUAGCUGCAUCUCUCUACAGCGGAGUAGUCUGUUCAGGACUAGCUUAUUACAUUCAAGGAAUAGUUAUGAAAGAAAGAGGCCCUGUUUUUGUUACAGCUUUUAGUCCCCUGAGUAUGGUUUUUGUUGCCAUCAUGAGCUCUUUCAUUUUGGGAGAGCAAUUGUUCCUUGGAAGGGUAAUUGGAGCUACUAUCAUUGUUGUGGGGCUAUAUCUUGUUGUGUGGGGCAAAAGCAAUGACCAUAUAUCAACAACCCCAAUAACUGAUGAGGAAAGCGGACCAAAUAAACAAAUAUUAAAUGCAAGUUGCAUUGGAAAAGAGAAUUCUAAUCAUGAGGUCAUCACUAUGGAUGAAACUGUUGAAGGAAGUGAAGCAAACAUGAAAAAAUAAUGGGUGGUUUUUAAGGGAAAAAAAAAAAACAAAAAAAAAAAAACAAAAAACAAAAAACAAAAAAAAAAAGACCCAUUAUUUGUCUAAAUAACUUUCUCUCAAUUGCUCUCCCCCACAUUAUCCACAAUUUUAGUUAACAUCGGUGUUGAAUCAUCCCAAGCUGUGGAGCAAACUUCAAUGAUAUGUAAAAAUUUUGUUAAAGAAUUUCCUUGAGUGUCAAAGUUUGUCCCAGUGUAUGACAUAUGGAAACAAGAGUUUUCUCAGGAAAAAUAUAGAGAUGGCUGAUAAAUUUCACAUCUCAUCCAAUGUCCAUUUUAUAUAUGUGGAUGUAUUUAUAACAAAUCAAACUAAGAAACUAAGUUUGAAUAAGUGUUUUUAUUAUUCUUA